AAGCCUUCCCUUUUGGACCAUUAAUAUACAAGGUUACAAGAUAGAUAAAGAGGAGAGAGAGAAGGAGAAGAGAGAGAAAGAGCUUCUGUGUUGUGUGGAGUAGACAUACAUUUUCUGAGCAGUGUUUUUGAUAAUUCAUAAAGAUUGAUGUUGCCGACUGGAUUGUCUUCUGUUUAUUUCGGUUGGAGUACUGCAGCCGGCAUUGCAGGGAAUGUCUUUGCCUUUGUGUUGUUUGUGUCAACAGAACAAUUCUCUGGAUUGCCUUACAUAUAUGCUCUUUUGAAUUGCUUGAUAUGCUCCUGGUAUGGCAUGCCUGUAGUCAAGACUGGUAUUAUACUGGUGGCUACAGUCAAUUCAGUCGGGGCGGUUUUCCAGUUAGUCUACUUAAGCAUGUUCAUCACACAUGCCGAAAGAGCGAUUAAGCUGAGGAUGAUAGGAUUGAUAGCAGCCGUUGUGGUUGUGUUCGCGUUCGUUGUCUUUGUGAGCUUGGGACUUUUAGACUACGAUGAGAGGCAAACGUUUGUCGAAUACUUGAGUGUUGCUUCACUCAUCUCAAUGUUUGCUUCGCUGCUGUCUAUCAUAAGUGUUGAGUUCAUGCCAUUCAAUCUUUCUCUUGCGACGUUUCUGAUGAGUCUCCCUUUCUCUGCAUAGGGAGUGUUCAAGAAAGACCCUUUCCUCUAUAUCCCAAAUGGUAUUGGAACAAUUUUAGGGCUUGUCCAGUUGGCUCUAUACUCCUACUAAAGCAAAAUAUCCGGAGAUGCCUCGAGAACCGUUGAUAGUUUCGUACGCCUGACGAACGUAUUGGCAUCCUUGAUACUCAAACACAGUAAAAUUAAGUGAAAAAUGUCUUCUUUCAGCUGCCAAGAGGAAAGAUUGCAUUCCGGGUUUGUAGGAUCGCCGAAAAGGCAUUGAUUUUGUCUACGUCAUUGCAUCUAUAUAACUUCUUGGCCUUAGUAGCAAACUCCUAAUGAAAAUAAACAAAAUAGCAUCUCAAAUUUGCAGAAAGUUUUGUUUUAGAGUCACUCAGACUUUGGAGAUCAAAGGCGACCGGUGUCAACUUCCUGCUGAUGAUCUCAGGGGUGAAAGUUUGAAGUUCCAAAUCAUCCAUCCACCACUGCGCUAACCGGUGAGCUGCCAUAAACUUCUGGUUUUCCUCUGAUGUCUCAAACAUCCUCACGCCCACUUUGCCAAAUAUUAGAGGUGUUGGAAAAUGCACAUUCUCCUGACAGGCAUUGCUUCCUUCUAUUUCUUUAGAAUGGUGGGCACGAGAGCAGCACAAAGAGUCACUCUUGUUUGAAUAAAUAUUAGGCACCCAUGUCCAAAACCUACACCAAGAUUAUCGAGGCCUGAUAAAAUUUGUAUCGGAGGAAAAGGAUUUGUUUCCUCAACGCAGCUCGCAGCUGGUCUUGGUAGCGAAACACAUGGCGGAUUGAAUGCAUGAGUUCCACGUAUAUUUCUUGUUUGGCUAAUUCCAUCCUCAAUUGGAGAGCAAACCCAGCUCCAAAAGAAUUGCCGGCAACGCAUGUUAGAACCUAGACGUUCUCCUUACUUUUGUGCAAGUGAAUUCAAAGCCUCCAAAGCUACAUUUAACCUUGCCGUGCCCUUCUAGUUAUCCCAAUCAACAAGACCAAGUUCAUUUCGAAGUUGAUCGUCAAAGCCUCCAUAUUUUCCCCUGAAUAACGAACAGACAGACAACCUUGCGUUUGACGAUUGGUCCUCUAAGCACUAAAACAGCUGCCGGUGCAAAAGCCGGUCUCAUUAACACAGUCCGCUCGCAGAUGGAUCCUCUUCGUCUUUCAAGGUUUGGACCAGCUUGUACUGAAAACCCAGCCACCAUUUUGGAGCAACAGCAUCAUCUCCAUGUCUGUUUCCUAGUCGAUCAAGUUCAAGCGAGUAAGUUGCUUGCAUGAAGCAUCCAAGCACCCUUACUUUAUAUUUCGAGUCCUUCCUGUAUGAGCAAGAAAAAUCCAAGUUGAAAAAUUGCGAGCGGGUGGUGAGACAACGUUCACUAGCUAAGCGAGAAAAGAAAAAUUAAGGCCUAGAACUACUAGCUUUCCAAUUAGAAAAUUUGGAUUGAAUCGAGGGCUUUGUACUAUACACCAACAAAACCUUGUACCAACAAAUACGUCUAAGCAGCUAUAAAGCAAAGACACAUCAUUCACGAAAAUCAAACUUAUAAAAUCUCGAAGAAUACCAGACAGCAGUAUUAGUGGGGACUUUAAAACCAAAUAAGGCUUAACAUAAGAAAAUUG